CUCCUCCGCCCGCUCCCACCUGCUCUCCGACCCCAGCCUGCUGCCUGCGCUGGCCGCCUGCCUGGCCCCGCAGCAGGACCCCCGGGUGGCGGCGGCGGGGCUGCAGUGGCUGGCGCGGCUGCUGCUGCACCCCGCAUUCCUGCAGGAGAAGCUGCAGGGUCCCGCAGUCAAUGAGUUCCUAGCUCGAAUCCUGCAGCUGCUGCAGCUGCUGCCGCCCGCCGCCGCCUCCCCCGCGGUGGGCGCACUCACGCCCUCCCGCGCCGCCUCCCUCGCGGCCCUCAAUGCAAGCCUGGGCAGGCCGGCACAGGGGGGCGGUGGAGGCGGAGGGGGAGGGGGAGGUAGCGGCGCGGUGGCAGGACUGAACAGCAGCCUCCGGGGCAAUGGCGGCGCCGGUGGUGCAGGCGGUGGAGGCAGCAGGCUGCUGCAGGGGGCGGCAUCCGUCGGCUCAGAGGCGGCAGCUGGCCUGAACAGCAGCAUCAGCAUCAGCGGCGGAGGCGGAGGUGGCGGCGGAGGUGGCAGCUUGAACAACAGUCUACGGAGCGGCAACGGCAACACUCGCGGUGCCGCCGCUGCCACCGCCGCCGGAGGCAGCCCCAUGGUCAUCAGUGCCUCCCAGCUGCUGACGUCACCGCAGCAGGCCCCCCCAUGCGACCUAGCCGCGGGCGACCCCGCCGUGGUGGCCGCAGCCGCGGUGGCGCUGCAGCGGCUGGCGGCCUGCAGCGCGCCCAUCCGCGGCCAGCUGGUUGCCGUACCGGGCCUCCUGGGGGCGGUUGUACGGCAGGUGCAGGGGCUGCUGGAGCAGCUGGCGGCGGAUGGCUACCUGCUCCCCGCCGUCACCGCCACCCGCCUCUCCGCCCUCCUCGCCCUCCUCUGCGUGCUCGUGGAGACAAGCGACCUGCCGCCGACCCACGGGUCGCACAGCCCCUCCCACGCCACCACCUCCACCGGCGCGUCCAGCCUCCUCCCGACCGCCCCCACCGCCAUUCCCCUCCGCAUGCUGCAACGCAAGCUUAGUUCCAUGAGCCUCAUGGGCAGCAACACUGCCUGCACCCACACCUACACCCACACCAGCAGCACGGGUAGCGGCACCGGCAGCGGCAGCAGCGGCCUCAUGCGCUUCCUCCGACCUACGGACGACGGUGCAGGAGCAACGGUUGGUGGGGAUUCCGGCGUAGCAGCAGCCGGCGGUAACGGUUGCAGUAACGGCAGCGGCGGUACGGAUGCUUUGCAGCAGUUGCUGGACUCGCCGCUGUGCGUGGAGGUGCUGUGUGAGGCGAUCGACGCCAUGCAAGCGGUGGUGGAGGCGGAGGAGCGGGCAG